GAGUGGGUUGCACCUGCUCGUGGCGGUUCUCGGGGUGCCUUGUAGACGUACAAUAGCCGAAGUAGUCAGCAAACGGCUAUAAAAGAGGUCGGGAGUAAAAAGACGCUGCUGCUGUGUAAACUGAGCAACGUUCCGGUCAAGCGCCAACUUGCGACUGGCUGCGUAAAGUGAACGUGGGCUGUACCAGUCCUCUCCGGCUGGUGUAGUCUGGGCGUGAGUAUGAUGGGUAAAAAUGACCAUUUUAAGCAAAAUUGUUAAAGAGCAUUUUGGACGUGAUAGGUGAAAAUGGAAUUCUCUGCAAGAGCUCUGUUAAAACUUUUCGCCAUUUUAUUACAGUGCAUAAAGUUGUCGGCGCAGGUGUAUAACCUCAGUCUUUCCGUUGAGGAAGGCUUACCUGCGAGGACGGUAGUCGGAGACAUGAAAGCUGUAUUACCGGCCGCUGUGCCGACUAGCGGAUUUUUUAUAUCCGAGAGCAGAGACUCUGAUGUUUUCAAAGACCUAAAAAUAGACGGAGACUCCGGUAUCAUCUCCACCACGGCUGUGCUGGACCGGGAGAGCAGAGACAAGUACGAGUUUUCCGCUGCCACGUUGGCUGGAGAGGUAAUCAGAGUUAAAAUUGUGGUCACGGAUGUGAACGACAAUUCUCCUGCAUUCCCGGCUGCGACUGCGGAACUGAACGUCUCAGAGUCAUGUCUUCCCGGAUCGCGCUUUGAAAUCGACGGCGCCCGAGACGAGGAUGAGGGUCAGUAUGGGAUUCGAGGUUACAGAAUUAUGGAAGAUGCAAUGGAGGAAACGUUCAAAGUGGAGGCUAGGAGCGGGCAAGACAAUGAGCUCCACAUAGACCUGAUUCUCAUGAGAGAAUUGGACAGAGAAAUGCGAGGUUUCUACAGCCUAACCAUUGAAGCUUUUGAUGGAGGUACUCCACCAAAAACUGGCCAGUUGCAGGUACAGAUUAAUAUUUUGGAUGAAAAUGACAACCAGCCUAUGUUCAAUCAAACUGAAUACGGAGCGGCAUUACUGGAGAACGUGAAUCUUUUUACACCCGUGUGCCAGGUGUACGCUGUAGACCCAGACCUCGGCAGUAACGGCCUGGUCGCUUACGAGAUUAAUCGGUGGCAGAGUGACCCGAAUGAGUUCUUCAUCGUUGACAGAAGUGCAGGUGUCAUUUGCGUGAACAAGCCUCUGGACUAUGAAAGCCAGUCGUUUUUCGAGCUUGUCGUAACUGCAUGGGACCAUGGGGCUCCUCCAAAGUCCAGCAGCACGACUGUGAGAAUCAGACUUCUGGAUGUCAACGAUAACAGCCCACAUAUUAAUAUUCUGUUUCUGAGUGAAACAGGGGAUCCAGAGGUAUCGGAGGACGCUGGCUGUGGGGAGUGUGUUGCCAGGAUCUCUGUCUCGAACCCGGAUCUGUGGGAGAUUGGUGAGAUCUGGGUGUCCCUUGAAGGUGGAGAGGGGAAGUUUGCCCUGAAGCACACAGAUGAAUUUGUGUUUGCUCUCUGUGUGGAAGGACCACUGGACAGGGAGCAGAAGGAUCUUUACGAGCUCACAGUGAUCGCCUCUGACUCUGGCUUUCCGUCCCUGAGAAGCAUGCGGACGUUUCUCCUACGGGUCACCGACAUGAAUGACAACCAUCCGGUCUUCGAGCAGAACACCUACGAGGCCAGUGUUCCAGAAGACGCCCCUGAAGGGAGCUCCGUCCUGCAGGUGAGGGCCCAUGACGACGAUGACGAUUCCGGAAUCUUCUACUCGAUCCUGCAGUCGGCGCAAGAGCCCCUAGUGAAUAUUGACCCCCACACAGGCCUCAUCACCACGGUGGCAGGCCUGGACCGGGAGAGAGAGCCACGUCUGGCCUUCCUGGUGGUGGCCGUUGAUGGGGGCUUCCCUCCUCUGACCUCCACAGCCACUGUAAGCAUCCAUGUGGUGGAUGUCAAUGACAUCAAGCCUGUGUUCAAACAGCAGUUGUACAAUGUGACCAUCCAGGAGCAUCUGGCCAUUGGAACAUGCUUUCUACAGGUCCUUGCAGAGGAUGGUGACAGUGGUGAGUUUGGAACAGUGCGCUACUCCUUUUCUGACGGGCUUGAUGGUGAAGACACACAUCCUCUCUUCCACAUUGAUCCUGUUACUGGGGAACUCUGCGUAUCUCGGGACGUUGACCGCGAAACAGGCCUUGUGACCUUUGACCUUCUGGUAAAAGCUGAAGAUUAUGGAGCCCUCAAGUCCGAGGCAUAUGUGCACAUUGAUGUGGAGGACGUGAAUGACAACGCUCCGGUGUUUAACUCUGACAAGUAUGUCACAAGCAUAAGCAGCCAUACUCAGCCUGGAGAUGAGAUCCUCAGUGUGAUUGCUACUGACCGGGACUCGAGCAACUGUGGACGAAUCACGUACGAGCUUUUGCCUGGAGACGAUGCCUCUCUUUUCUCUGUGGACCAAUCAACAGGCAAAAUCUCUCUGUCCUCUCCGCUCUCCCAGACGGGAAGAAGCACAAUGAAGCUCUCAGUCUCUGCCCACGAUGGAGAGGGAUUGGCUGCCCUGACGCCUGCUGACGUCACCGUCGCCGUCCUGCACACUGACCAUGCCCCUGUAAUCUUCCUGAAGUCCCAUUACAGCUUCAGCGCUCCAGAGGACACGCCCCCCGGCACCUCUGUGGGAACUGUGCAGGCUGUUAGACCGCCCAAUACAGUGGAAGCACUUUCGUAUCGAAUCUCCUCAGGUGACCCGCAGGAUUUGUUCUCUGUAGAUGCCCAGUCAGGUGUCAUCUCUAACAUCCUGACUCUGGACCACGAGUCCCUGCCCUGGGUCCUGCUCACCAUCCAAGCACACAUGGGCCCUGCACCUAUCUAUAGCAGCACCUACGUCAAUAUCACCAUCACCGACACCAACGACAACCCGCCCGUCUUCACGAAGACGUCCGACAGCAUCACCAUAUACCGUAAUACUCCACCCGGGACAACGUUCUUCAUCGCACACGCUCACGACCGAGACAGCGGCAGCAACGGGCGGAUCCGUUACGCUCUCCGUCCCGAGAGCCAUCGGUUCGUGAUGCACCCCAUCCUCGGGACGCUCACGCUAAACAGUGAAGUCUGGAGAGACGCCGUGGAGAGAUACGAGCUCACCGUGGUGGCUGAGGAUGAGGGCACUCCUUCGCUGAGCUCCUCCCUGGGCCUUGUGGUGGAGCUCGAGGACCCAGCUCCAGCAGAUGCCGCUCUUGCCUUUGAGACUCUGUUCUACCAAGUGGAGAUCGGGGAGAGUUCCCAGAGUGACACCCGUGUGAUCCAAGUGCGUGCCCAUGUGACCAGGAGCUUGCCUGGGUCUGGUUUGGCCACGUCAGCCCCGGUACUCACCUACACCCUAGAACCUCUCUCCGGUCCACCACCUUUCUUUCUCCAGCCAGACAGCGGCUGGCUCUUCGUGGCUCGGAGUCUCGACUACGAGUCAGAGCCCUCAUACAGGUUCGGCGUUCGGGCCACGGUUAGGGAUGGGUACGUGGAACUGACCGCCACGGCAUCUGUGGUCAUCAUCGUGCGGGAUGAGAACGACAACGCGCCUGUGUUCGGGAGAGGGAGGUACUUUUUCAGUGUGCCAGAGGGGCCCAACCCCCACGGUCUGAUCGGAACCGUGAAAGCUAGAGACAGAGACUCAUGGAAAAAUGGACAGCUGUCCUACAUCCUGCUGUCUGACGGGAAACACUUCCGCAUCAACUCCCAAACAGGAGAGCUCAUAAACUGGAUGGCCCUGGACCGGGAGAAGCAGUGCCAUCACACACUGAGAGUUAUGGUGACUGACCACGGCCAACCCCGCCUCAAUGCCAGCACUACAGUCCACAUACUGGUGACCGACGUCAAUGACAACGCACCUCAGUUCACCAACCUUCCAGCCAGCAAGGAGCUGAGACUCCAGGUGUGGGCAGGACUUCCCGUGGGUUCUGUGGUGACCAGCAUGUUUGCAAAGGACCCAGAUGCAGGGGAGAAUGGAACAUUCACAUUCUAUCUCACAUCAGGUAAUAGAAAGGGUCAUUUUGAGAUAGAUAGGCACAGUGGGGAUAUCAAGGUAACAGCACGAUUUCGCCCAAAUCCCCAAACCAGCUAUACCCUCACUGUGGUUGCCAUGGACAACGGACCCAAACCCCUGCAGCAGACAGCACUUGUACACAUGCAGGUCUAUGGUUCACCAAAAGAAAAUGGCCACCGUGACCUUCCUGGCCUCAGUCGUUUCACUGUGAAAGAGAACACCAGGCUGGGAACCAUCAUUGGGUGUCUCAGAUUUUCUGGGGGAUCCAGUAAGCAGUUGCACUACUCUGCUGUUGAGGGGAAUGGGAGCUUGCACUUUGGUGUUGACAAAGUCAGUGGUGACCUCUAUGUGACACAGCCUCUCGACUAUGAGGCUACACAGGGAUACUUUCUGGCUAUACAGACCGAGGCUCCUCCUACAAUCAAGGCCACCGUUCUAGUGGCUGUUGAUAUUGAAGAUGUCAAUGACCACACCCCCUGGUUCCCUGGUGACGACAGUGUCGUCGUGUUUGGUGUUCAGGAGGACACAGAUGUGGGAACAGCAGUGUAUGCUUUUAAAGCUCUUGAUGGUGAUGGUACUCUUCGUCACAGUGCAGUACGUUACACAAUGACCUAUGACCUUGAGUCUGAUAUGGAGGACCUGCCAUUCUCUAUUGACCCUCACACUGGGGUUGUCACGACAACUGCACAGUUGGAUCGAGAGCACUCCCACAGCAUUGCAUUCACCAUCACCGCUAGCAACCAACCCGAGGGGCCAAAUGAAAACAGACACACCUCUGUAACGGCUCAGGCAUUCCUAUUGGACGUCAACGACAACAGCCCUGCUUUUGUUUCCAUGGACACAGUUCAUGUGGCAGAGGACACGGAGGUGGGAAGCCUCCUUCAUCACUUGCUGGCCACCGAUGAGGAUGAGGGAACAAACAGUCAUGUGACCUACAGUCUGAUUGGUGGAAACGAAGAUGGACACUUCCACUUGGAGAGAACAGGUCACUUGUAUCUGAACUCUUCUCUGGACUACGAAUCCCAGCAUGCCUUUUCCCUCACAGUGCGAGCCUCGGACAGCGGCCUGCCACCUCUGUCCAGCACCUGUACUCUGACUGUGGUGGUGGUGGAUGUAAACGACGAGGCUCCGGUCUUUGAACCGCACUUUUACGUUGCCAGUGUGGUGGAAAAUCAACCUGCAGGGCAGCCUGUGGUUACCGUGCACGCACUUGACCUGGACUCAGAGGAGAAUGCUGUGUUGAGCUACAGUAUCCUGCCAGGACCUGGUUAUGAGUUCUUCACCAUAGACUCACACACUGGACUGAUCAGCACAUCCAGCCAGCUGGACAGGGAGCUCCAGCACAGUUUCACCCUCAGAGUUCAGGCAGAAGACGGUGGAACACAUCCUCUCUCCAGCACCGUGACCGUCCUUUGCUCUGUGCUCGAUGACAACGACAACCCCCCCGAGUUCUCCCAACCAACCCUCCACAUCACCAUCCCAGAGAACCUCCCUCCAGGGGUCAUUCACACCACCCACGCCUCUGACCCAGACUGUGGGAUCAACGGGACCGUGAAGUACUCUAUACAGAAUGCAGACGACGAUUUCUCCAUUGACGCAGCGACCGGAGCCAUCAGCAGUACUAGAGUUCUGGACAGGGAGGAGCGUUCCAACUACGCGCUGCUCAUCACAGCCAGCGACCAGGGCCCCUAUCCUCUCUCCGCCAGCCUUCUCUUCUUUGUGUCUCUGUCUGAUGAGAACGACAACAGCCCCACGUUUGGCAGUAGGAGCUACCACGUCUCCGCCAGUGAGGGGCUCCCCGUCGGCUCCGAGAUCCUCCAGCUCGGCGCGCAGGACCCAGAUGAGGGCCCCAACGGCGAGGUCACCUUCUCGCUGGCUGAAGAGACUUCCGGAACCUUUGCUGUGGACUUCUCGACAGGCAUAGUGCGCCUGACGAAACCGCUGGACCGGGAGACAUGCUCUCAGCACACCUUCCGCGCCGUAGCAACCGACAGCUGCAGCCAGGGUCCUCGCAGCUCAGUUGUCGCGGUCGCCGUUCAUGUGGAUGACGUAAACGACAACCCGCCCACAUGCGCCACGGAGCCCGUCUGGGUGUCUGUCGCGGCAGGUGAUGCUCGCCCCGGGCGGCCCAUCACCACGGUAACAGCCGAUGACCCAGACCAGGGAGAAAAUGGGACCAUGCAGUUCGGCUUGGUGGAGGAAGACGCGCUGUUCCAGGUCAACCGGUCCUCCGGGGAGGUGGUCGUCAAGGCCCCGCUGGGUGAGGGUGUAUCUAGGACCUGGCUGCUGUCAGUGUGGGUUGCGGACCAGGGCACGCCUGCUCUCACCUCUACCUGCCUGCUGCUUGUUCAGCUCAACGGGGAAGAGCCUCCACUAAGGUUCACUGAGCAGAUCUAUGAAGUCACCAUACCUGAAAACAUCGAGACAGGCUCCUGGGUGGCAAAUGUGGUGGCCCAUGAGCAGACUGCACCUGGGAACAUGAUGAAGUACAGCAUGUUCAGCGACCCUGAGAGCAAGAGCAGAGCUUUCAGCAUUGAUCCCGACUCAGGUGAUAUAACAGUUCAAGAGCAGAGUCUGCUUGACUUCGAAAUGGAGCACAAGGUUAAUUUGGUGGUGGUGGCAGAAAAUGACCGCCAUUCAGCCUACGCCAGAGUGAUCGUCACUCUGCAGGAUGUGAACGACAACGCUCCAGUGUUUAAGCAGAGUUACUACAGGACUGCAGUGUGGGAGGAGCAGAUUCACAACACUUACGUCAUGCAGGUGUUGGCAAUGGAUUCUGACAGUGGGUUGAAUGGGCAGAUAGACUACCUAAUUGUGAAUGGGAACCGUGGCGACGCCUUCAUCAUUGACUCAGUUCGUGGGAUACUGGCCACCAAUGCAGUCCUUGAUCGAGAGAUCACUGACUCUUACAAGUUAAUUCUUGAAGCUAGAGACAAGGGGAGCCCCCCUCUCACGGGCACCUGCACUGUUCGGGUGCAGGUUAUUAACGUCAACGACAACAGUCCAACAAUACCACCAAUGGAACCUCUGGUGGUCACAGAGAAUCUUCCUGCUGGCCACAUUAUUGGCCAGGUCAUUGCCAAUGAUGUGGACCUCAGUUCGACGAUCACCUACAGCUUAUCAGCAAAAGGAGAAGCAAAUGGAAGCUUUGCCAUUGACCGUUACUCUGGGAUCAUCACCUUAGCCAGGAGUUUAGACUAUGAAGAGCAAGUUCUGCAUACACUGAAAGUAGUAGCUUCGGACUCUAUCCACCAGACUGAGGCACAGAUUACUAUUCAAGUGCUAGACGUGAAUGAUAACGCACCAAAGUUCUCUCAGGAGUUCUACCAGGUCUUCUUGCCUGAGUUGAUGUCAGCAGAUUCAUUUGUUGUGGCAGUAACGGCAACAGACAAAGACUCUGGUUUGAAUGGCAAGAUUUCUUACAGACUUCUCUCUUCCCCAUUGAAUGGGUUUUACAUCAAUGCAGAAAAUGGUUCUAUAUACACCAACAAGCCUCUGAGGUAUGUGUCUAGCAGUAACGUGGUCCGGAUUCUUACAGAAGCUCGGGACGGUGGUGACCCUACCCUCUUUAGUGUCGCGUCCUUGGACAUACAGGUGUUAGAUUCCAACGACCAUGCACCUUUCUUCCAAAACCACAGCUACAAGGUGAGUGUUUGCGAGGACGCACCUGCGGGGAAUGUACUCCUCAGCCUGCUUUCUGAAGACCUGGACUACUCAGAUGAAAACACUCACUUAGACUAUGUGAUCACUGGGGGUAAUGAGGAGAGGCACUUCUGCAUUGAGAUGGUAAAUGUGCCAAAAGGUGCCCAGCAAAGUACUGUGGGUAAUGUAGUGCUCUGUAACAUGCUGGACAGAGAAACAACGGAAACAUACUCACUGACCGUUACUGUGAUGGACAGAGGAACGCCUCCACUCAACAGUUCAACAAUAGUGUCCGUCACUGUGCUGGACAUCAACGACCACGAACCUGUUUUCAGCAGCUCAGAGUACUAUGCGCAUGUCACUGAGAACAGCCCACCAGCAACUGCUGUGGUCCAGGUGUUUGCUCAUGACCCCGACCUUGGACCAAAUGGCACAGUAAGAUAUGAUGUCAUCUCUGGCAACAGUAAGGGUCUGUUUAGAUUGAACUCUCAUACUGGCGCUCUAGAAGUCAAUGGCACUCUGGAUUUUGAAGAAGAUUCCAGACACACCUUAACUGUCCAAGCCUCGGAUGGCGGUGGUCCAGGUAACAGGCAGGUAUCUUUUGCUGUGAUUUACAUCGCAGUGCUGGAUGAGAAUGAUAAUUCCCCCUUCUUCUUGUUUUCUGCCAUCAACUGCUCAGUGGCAGAAAACCUGCCCGUUUUUACCCCAGUAUGUGUGAUCCACGCUGUUGAUCAUGACGCAGGGGGCUUUGGACUCCUGACAUACUCGAUCUUGACCUCCUGUUUCAUGGAAUAUGGAACUGACAACCCAGACGGGAAAGAGGCUUUUGCCGUUGACGCUCUAACUGGAGACAUCCAUACUAGACAGACAUUUGAUUACGAGAAGCAGAGUGAAUACUGUUUUGUGGUUGAGGCUCGAGAUAAGGGGGAUCGAACAGCUACAGCGAGGGUUCAGAUAGCCAUCGAUGGCACAGAUGAGUUUAGUCCUGUGUUCACCCAGAAUACCUACCGUUUCGUUCUAUCGGACAAUGCGAGACUGGGGCAAAGUGUGGGUGACGUUAUGGCUAUGGACCACGAUGGGGGUCUGGAUGGCAUUGUGGAGUACUCUUUGGUUAGGCCAUCCCCCUUUUUUAACGUAAACAAAACGUCAGGAAGCGUCUAUAUCUCAAAUCCAGUGUAUCGAAAAGCAGGCGCUUCCUCAAAAGAUGAUGUGGCAAAAGUGAUGGUUCUGGCAAGCAGUCCAAAGCCCGAUUCCAGAUCGACGACCUGUCUUGUUCUUGUGAACAUAUCUCAGUCCACAGAAGCUUUGACCGGUGUUGCUCUCAGUGUUCGGACUGUCAAACUCGGUGUCUCGUUAACAGUGUUCCUUCUGCUUUUGAUAAGCUUCAUUAGUCUAGUAGUGAGGUAUAAGACAAACGAAAAUGCCCAUAAGAAGUCAGCUUCCUUAGCUGCAGAUCCUCGCCAUGGGACUGAAACUUCUGGAAUAUUGCGAAGAGAUCCUCAAAAUAGUGUUGCUGGCCUGAAACAUACCACAUUGAACAUGCAAACAAAAAGGAAGUUCCUCAUCCCUUUGAGGAACUCUGGCGCAAGCGGACGAGGCUCUGCAGAGGGUGAAACUGCUGAAGAUCAAGAUAUUAAGAUGAUCUCUGAAUACCAGUGUCUUAAGCAGCUUGUGGUUCCACAUCUAGACUCAGGGAUUCCGAUGGAAGACCAGUUAUCCUGCUGUCCAGCUAGUUUGGGCACAGGCAAAAUGGCAAUAAUGUCGAGUGUUGAGAGUCUUCAUAAUUUCAAGGAAGAAGGAGGUGGUGAAGGGAUGCUAACUCAAGCGGUCAGCAUGAGGGAGUUGGACGGGGUCAUGAGAGAUCGUGUGUCAUUUCCUAACCACCAGGAUUUUAGUGAGGGAUCUCUCACCAGUCUUAUUUCCUCAGAAGGGAAAUUGUAUGGCACCUAUGGCUGGGACCACCUGAAAUGGGAAUCUCAUUUCCACCCCCAGCCAUCUGUCUUCUCAGACCUUGACAUGAUCCAUGGCAAAGGCAGUGAAGAAGCCGUGCAAUCAGAGUUCCACAGUCUCCUGCCCCAGAGAACAGCGUCCCAAGGUAGAAGGCCCUCAUACUCCAAGUACACAUACUCUCUUUUGGGAAGGAACGUAAGACAAACGUCUUCUGCCAUGACCUCCAGCGUAUCUCCCUCUCUCUCACUUCUGACUCUGAGGACGCCAAAUGCUUCUCCCGUGGUAUCAGAGACCGGACUGGGUAGCUUUAGAAAAAUGACCCCCUUGUCAACAGAUGUCUUGGAGAAUGCAGAGGUAAAGGCAUGAUUUGUGCUUUGAUGUUUUUUUUAAACCCUUCAUCUAAUGAAUUUAAGCUGGGGACAAGAAUGUGAAUCAGUGUGUUGUAUUAGAUUCAGCUGCACAACCCUCAAAGUUGUGUUAAGAAAUCAAGUCCUUGGGCACAUGUGAACAUUGAAUAUAUAUAUAAGCACUGGGACUGGAAGGAAGAAGCUCACUAAAAAUUUUAUGGCUGCUUUUGUCGAACCCAUCAAUGUUGAACAAUGCAAGGCAGUAUCAGCACUAUGGUUUAAAAUAUAUUUGUAGUAGAAUUGUUUUCUGUUUAUUUCGAUUUAAAAACAAUUAAAAAAAUAUCAGGUGUGUCAUGUUUAAAAUCUUGGCAUUGUGUGAGCAAAUAUAAUUACAAACCUUUUCUGAUUCUGUCAUUAGGAGCAUACUACAUUUCAGUGUAUUGACUAAUACAAGCAUAUUAUUACUCCAGGUUUUACUCAAUAAAAUGUGUUUUUGUUUAUUUUAUAAAACUUGCCCGAUAAUGGUUCAAAUCUGACCUGCCAAAUGAAGCUAGAAUCAUAUUGUGGACCAUAACUGGAAUGAAAAAUUCUGCAUUAGAGACAGGAAUUUAUAUAUAUAUAUAUAUAUCUCAGUAUGACAGUACAUCUACUCCCUGGGAAUCAAAUCCAUGACAUUUUUUCAUAGUACCGUAUCCUACCUGCUCUGCCAAAUAGGGGGUAAAAUAUAGGCUACAUUACUACUGUCAUUACCAAGGUAAGAAUUUGACAGUUUAAGCGUGUCUCUUUCUAAAAGUAUCAUUUGGAAAAUGCACUAAGGUGGAGAAAAAGCCAUGAAUGUUGAGUUGACUUUUUGUUGUUUAUCCAUUUCUGUAAGUGAUGAAUUAAUUGCAGAGAACUGUAUUCUAAUGUCGCAAACAUGUCUUUUAAUGUUGUUCUUUUUAUAUAUUGUUGCAUUUUGUGGUACUCUUCUCUACAUUGUACCAACAUUUACAAAAUAAAUGCCUUCAGAAAAAAGUGUAA